AUGCUGGAAUUCGUGACCACCACUGUCGCUCGCGCAGAAGCAUUUAAGCGAGAUGAUAUGCCAACUUUGACCAAUGAAGAUAGUUAUACUACUCCUGCUAUCUCUGUACCACCAAAUGACAAUAAUCCUUACAUAAUAAGAGAGCAUAACCCGAGUGGAACAGUUUUCAUUGCUGUUGGUUGCAUCGUAGGUGCCAUAUUGUUGGGCUUCGUGCUAUAUCAUUUGAUUAAAUCAUUGUGGGCUUCGAAACUUGCAAAGAAGACAUUAGCUGAUGAGAAAAAGUUGUACGAGAAAUACCAAAAUAACAACAGUUAUGCGUAUGGAGGCAGUACAGUAACCCCGUCGACGUCAAUGAAUUUUAAUGACUACCAGCAAUCAGUUACUAAAUUACCUCUUUUGUCUCACCACCGGAAUCGCUCCCUUUUAAUGGGUUUUGGUGGAAGCAAUACUAGUGAUUCACAGGUUGGAGACUCAGGAGUUUAUUCUUCUGAAGUGGGAGCAACUUCAAAACAUGAUUUAACCAAGAUGUUUAUAUCACCAACUGAGGAAGUGAUGCAACAUAAAAGAAACAAGUCCAAUACCUCGCAAUCUAUACUUGGAGGCUCCGUGACAAACUUCAGCAAUCCUCCGGCUGCUUCGAACUGGCAUUCGCAGAUUUUGCCUAACUUAUACAUCAACAAAGAAGUCAAUAAUAGUGAUUAUUCGGUAAGCAAUUCUGCGAGAGACAACGUCCAGAAGGACGAAAAAGAUGAAAGAGGCGAGUCUUACGAUGGCCCACGCUCGCCAUCUAGAGGAGCUAGAGCCGAUAGAAGAAUGAUCCCAUCCAUGUAUUUGGAAGAUUUGAUUGAUAACGAUUCUCAAAAUUAA